CUGAAAAGGAAAGUGUGAAAAGCAAAACCCAUGGCCUCCUUCCACUGCCAGAUAUGUGGCAAGAAUUUCCUCACCCUGGAGAAAUUGACCAUCCACAAUUAUUCCCACUCCAGGGAGAGGCCAUUCAAGUGCGCACAGGAUGAGUGUGGCAAAGCCUUUGUUUCCAAAUACAAAUUGAUGAGACACAUGGCCACCCACUCGCCCCAGAAGUCUCACCGCUGCGGGCACUGCAACAAGACCUUCAACCGGAAGGAUCACCUGAAGAACCACCUGCAGACCCACGACCCCAACAAGAUGUCCUACGGGUGCGAGGAGUGCGGCAAGAAGUACACCACCCUGCUGGGCUACAAGCGCCACGUGGCCCUGCACGCCGCCCACAGCGGGGAUCUCACGUGCGGCGUGUGCGCCCUGGAGCUGGGCAGCACCGAGGUGCUCAUGAGCCACCUGAAGACCCACUCGGAGGAGAAGCCGCCCAGCGCCGCCCGCGAGAAGAAGCACCGCUGCGACCACUGCGCCCGCAGCUUCUACACGCGCAAGGAUGUCCGCCGCCACCUGGUGGUCCACACCGGCUGCAAGGACUUCCUGUGCCAGUUCUGCGCCCAGAGGUUCGGCCGCAAAGACCACCUGACCCGCCACACCAAGAAGACCCACUCGCAGGAGCUGCUGCGCGGCGUCCUGCAGGCCGGGGAGCUGCUGCACCCCUUCCCGGCCGCCGCCAUGCCGCCGCCGCCGCCACCGCCGCCGCCGCCGCCCUUCCCGUUCAAGGCGCCGCCCAUGCAGCCCUUCCCCCUAGGGCCCCCUCCCCAGAACGCCAUCCUGGGGAGCUUGCCCUCUGAGAUGCAGGGCCUCACCCUCGGGCCCCCCGAGCCCAUCCUGCAGCCGAUGCCACCGCUGGCCCCAGAGCCCCUGGCGGCCAUGCACCCCAUGGUAGCCCCCUGCUCUCCACCUCUGGGCCUGCAGGGUCCUAAGUAUGAGCUGGGCGCGGCGGCUGCUUACCCGGCGCCCAUGGCGGGCCUGCCCCUGAAAGCAGAGCCCAAAGGCUUCUACAACAUGGGGGUGUUCGAGGAAUUGCCUCUGCAAGAGCCUCUGUCACCCCACAGGCUCAACCAGGGCUUCGAGCUGGUUAAGAUCGAGGCUGGCAUGAUCUCCCUGCCCAAGGAGCUGCAGAUGGAUGGUGUGAAUAUAGCCAUCCCUGCCUCGCUGGAGAUCUCCUCCCUCCUGGGCCUCUGGCAGCUGCCCCCUCCGGGCCCUCCCAAUGGCUUUGGGGAGCAUUUCCUUCCCAUGGGGUCAGGGGACCUGGUGCCCAGGUUAAGUAUGCAGCCACAGCAGCAGCAGCCGCCGCCCACCGCAGUGGGCACGGUGACCCUGAACCAGCUGCCCCUGCCCCCCAUGCCGCGCGUGUUCACCACGGGCAACAGCACUGCUAUCCUGCCUCAUUUCCAUCACGCAUUCAGAUAA